AUGAAGUUCGGAAGGAAGAUCACGACUAACCUUUAUGAUGAGUGGAGACCCUUCUACAUCGACUACAACUUGUUGAAGCGUGAACUCAAGUCUCGUACCACCUCUCACAGCUGGGACGACAAAGAUGAACGUGAUUUCACCACCAUGUUGAAAAAAGAGCUCGACAAAGUUCAUGAUUUCCAGAAACAGAAGACCGCUGAGUUAUCUCACCGCAUAAGGGAUGCUGAAAAGGAUGUCCAAAAACUCGUCGCUCAAGAAUCAUCAUCUUCUUCUGAGUCGUCCCCCAUCCAUUGCUCUGACCCAGAAUCGCAUCAAGCACGUCCUUCCGACUAUGGUCCCGAUGAGGGUUCCGACGACGACGACGAUAUUGACGAUAACCAAUCUGAUGCAUCACUCGAAGACCUUUUUCACGGCCUUCAAGAAGAAGUUGCCACCCUCGUAGCAGACGUUCAUGACUUGGCGCUGUACACUAAGUUGAAUAUCACUGGUUUUCUCAAAAUCCUAAAGAAAAUAACGAACCUUCCGCUCAAACCUACGUUUAUUCGAAACUAUCUUGAAGAAAGACCCUUCUAUAAAUACAAUUGGGACGCCUUGAUUGUCAAGUUAUCCAAACUGUACGAUCUGGUCCGCACCCGAGGUCAUCCCGUGCAGGGUGAUUCGAGCGCGGGCGGGAACCAGAGUGCCUUUGUACGCCAGACGACAAAGUAUUGGGUACAUCCAGAUAACCUCGUACCACUGAAACUGGCCAUUUUACGACAUCUACCUGUUCUUGUGUUCAAUGCCGAGAAGGAAUUCGAACAGAAGGAUGCCGCCAUUACUUCAAUAUACUUCGACAAUGAAGAUCUUGAACUUUACCUCGGUCGACUAGAGAAGACAGAGGGUGCCGAAGCUAUUCGUCUCCGGUGGUACGGCGACGUAGACGUAAAAACCAUUUUCGUAGAGCGCAAGACGCACAGAGAAGACUGGACAGGUGAAAAGUCCGUCAAGGCCCGUUUUCCGAUCAAAGAACAUCUCGUGAAUGCUUUUCUGCGAGGAGAAUACACCAUGGACGCGGAGCUCCAGGCGCUAGUUGACAAAGGCAAGAAGACACAAGCCGAAGUCGAUUCAAUGAUUCAGCUUGCAAGCGAGGUUCAGUAUCGUAUUCUUACGAAGCAGUUCCACCCGGUUAUGAGGACGUUUUACAACCGAACUGCAUUCCAGCUCCCAGGCGAUCCCCGUGUACGAAUAUCGCUUGAUACGGAACUCACCAUGGUUCGUGAAGACAACUGGGAUGGACAGGCGCGUACUGGCGAUAACUGGCGGCGAACCGACAUUGGUAUCGACCAUCCCUUCAAUCAGGUGCCAGCGGAGGAUAAGGAGCUUUUCAAGUAUGGCGUUUUGGAAGUCAAACUUCAGACUCAGUUCGGACAAGAGCCUCCCAAGUGGGUUACGGAUCUCGUCCAGUCACAUCUUGUCGAAGCUGUUCCCAAGUUCAGCAAAUUUAUCCAUGGCUGCGCCACCCUUCUGCCCAAUCGUGUAGAUCUCGUGCCAUUCUGGUUGCCCCAAAUGGACACCGACAUCCUCAAACCCAAUAUGGGAUACCUCACAGUCGAGCGCCCCACAAAGAACACCCCCGAUCUGCAGUCCGGUCUCCUCUCGCCUCUCUCGCCCGAUUCGCCCGUACCUUCUUAUGUUGAGCCUGUCUCGGAGGGUGAAGACGAUGAAGAGAUGGACUUGGCGCCUGCUAGAGAUGAGGACCGGCGCACGGGGCUGCCCCACGAGGACGUUGCGGCUGCUAUCGCAUUCCGUGAGAAGUCUCUCAAGGAACGCGACCGUACAUCUCAGUUCAACGGGAGUAGCAGCACUCCUGAAGAGGCACUGCCACGACCGCCGAGGACUGUGUCGAUCGACCCGCUUGCGCCGUCUUCUGCGUUUGAUGAGAAUCUGCGCGAGCGUUUACAGGCGAAUAAAAAUGCGCCGCCACGUGCGCAGCAUGGUGAGGUGCAGGAGGCUGCAGGCCUGGAUGAGGAAAACCUGCGGGAGGAAGACCGUUUAUUAGUGAGAGACUGGAGUGCGCCGUCUGGCAAGCGGAUCGCAGUGCCUGUCCGUAUCGAGCCCAAGGUGUAUUUUGCAAACGAGCGCACGUUCUUGAAAUGGCUGAGCUUUGCGGUGCUCAUCGGCUCUAUCGCUACGAUGUUACUCAACUUCGUACCUGCGGAUGAUCCGCGGGGCCUGAUCAGUGCUGCGCUAUUCACACUCACUGCACUGCUUGCGAUCGCCUACUCAGCUGUCAUAUUCGUGUACCGAGCGCUUUGUCUGCGUGCGCGAUCGGCGGAAGGACUUUAUUAUGACAAGUACGGCCCGACUAUUCUUUGCUUUGUGUUGUUGGCUGCGCUGGGGACUAACAUUGGCUUGAGGGUGGCGGAUAUGUGA